AGCUUUUGCUGAACUUUUGGAUAACUCAUUGGAUGAGGUUUGUAACGGGGCUACUUAUGUCAACGUUGAUAUGGUGAUAAAUAAAAAAGAUGGUACAAGGAUGCUGCUGAUUGAAGAUAAUGGAGGUGGAAUGGAUCCGGAUAAAAUGCGUCAAUGCAUGUCACUGGGUUACACUGUGAAAAGCAAAUUAUCAAAUACCAUUGGGCAAUACGGAAAUGGUUUUAAAACGAGUACCAUGAGACUUGGGGCUGAUGUAAUUGUGUUCUCACGCUAUCCGGGGAGAGAUGGAAAGAGCUCUACACAAAGUAUUGGCUUGCUGUCCUACACGUUUUUGAGGUGUACAGGGAAGGAAGACAUUGUAGUACCCAUGCUUGAUUAUGAAAGAGAAGGUCAGGGCUGGAAUAGGAUAAUACGAUCUUCUUUGGCAGAUUGGACUAAAAAUGUUGAAACAAUAGUUCGAUGGUCACCUUCCAGUGAAGAUGAUCUUCUUCGGCAGUUUAAUAUGAUGAAAGGUCAGGGAACACGAAUAAUCAUAUACAACCUUUGGGAGGAUGACCAAGGUCAACUGGAACUUGAUUUUGAUGCAGAUCCGCAUGAUAUUCAAAUCAGAGGAGUGAACCGGGAGGAGAAACACAUACAGAUGGCUAAAGAGUUUCCCAACUCUAGGCACUUCCUCACAUAUCGACAUUCGUUAAGGAGUUAUGCCUCAAUUUUAUAUCUGAGGCUUCGUCCAGGCUUCAGAAUUAUUCUUCGUGGGAAAGAUGUUGUGCAUCACAAUAUUGUGAACGAUAUGAUGAUGUCUCAGGAGGUUACAUACAGGCCACAAGCAGGCGUGGAUGGGGCUCCAAAGGAUUUAAAUAUGGUUGCUGUUGUGACUAUCGGAUUUGUCAAGGAUGCAGUUCAUCAUAUUGAUGUUUCUGGUUUCAAUGUUUAUCAUAAGAAUCGACUCAUAAAGCCCUUCUGGAGGAUUUGGAAUCCUGCAGGAAGUGGUGGGCGAGGGGUCAUAGGAGUUUUAGAAGCUAACUUUGUGGAGCCAGCUCAUGAUAAGCAAGGCUUUGAGCGUACAAUAGUUCUAUCAAGACUAGAGUCGCGACUGGUACAAAUGCAGAAGAGUUAUUGGCACUCAAACCGCGAGAAAAUUGGUUAUGCUCCUAAUUGUAGCAAGAACUUACGAGCUGAGAGGGCAGAUAGAGAGACAUCUCCUGAUUAUACUCCGGGAUCAUCACAUUUUAAGAGGAAAUACUCUGCUUCAAGCCGCAAAGCAACACCAAAUAUUGAUAAGUUAGCCUCUUCUAAAAGAAUUGGAAGGAAACAAAGUUCAUACGAACUGGCAACGUCUGAAGAGGAUGAUAAUGAUGAAGAUUAUGUUGUUGACCCCAAGAAACGAGCAACUGAAGACAAGCAGAAGACAUUUCAGGCCGAGAAAUCUCUAGGUGAGGACAGUUUUCUCCAAGAUAUCACAUUAAGCGGAAGAACCUUGAAGUCCCCAAGAGGAUCCAAGCCAAAGGGGAAUGAUGUUAGUGAAGCCCGUUGUCCAAUUUCUGAUCCUGAUAUAUGCACUUUGGAGCAGUUGAAAGAAGAGAAUCGGGACUUGAAGGAAAGAUUAAGCGGGAUGGAGGAAGAAAUUAUUGGAGAAUUAAGGCGGGAUUUGCAGCAUGAAAGGGACAAGUGCAAAUCUCUUGAAGCUCAGCUCCGGGCUGCUGAGAAGACGAUUGAAGAAUUGAACAAGGAACAAGAAACUAUAAUUGAUGUAUUCACCGAAGAAAGGGAUCGACGAGAUGCUGAGGAGAAAAAAUUGCGGAAGAAGUUACAGGAAGCAUCUGAUACCAUCGAAGAACUCCGUGACAAGGUAAGGCUGCAAGAGAAGAGGCUUUCAAGUGGGAAGCUAGGACGGUGAGAACGUGAGAUCAUGGUUUCUGAAUUCUGACUACGAGGCUCCUGACACGUAUUACUAAUUUUGUCCAUCAAUUUCAUUGGCUGCCUAUGGGCUGGUCCAUCGUAUAUAGACUGCCGGAUCUUGCUUACCAAACGUUGGAGGGGUCGUAUCAUGUGCGGCCAGUUUUGAGCUGUAUAGUUGAUGGUGCUUACUGAUCUAGAUUCUGUAUAUAUGGCAAUAGCAUGUGAUUGAUUGUUGCUCCCUUGGCCGUGUCUUGA